CUGCCCCUUUUUAUACAGAGUUUAAUUCGAAACGAUUAGCCUUCGUCGCUAAUGGCAUGCUUAGAAAUGUACAACUCCAAUGGCGGUGUUCCCAUUAGCCCUAGGAUCUCCUUCUCCAACGACUUCGCCGACAUCAGCCCGCAGAAGAACAACAGCACGAGAACAAAGGCAUCUUCGUCGCCAUCGUCUGAUUUCGAGUUCUCGGUCACGAACAACGCAAUGAUGACAGCCGACGAGCUCUUCUUCAAAGGAAAGCUCCUGCCUUUCAAACAGACCAAUCACGUCCAAAGGACCUUGAGGGAAGAGCUUCUGAUCGAGGAAGAGGGUUCUGAAGGCCAUGGCUUCUUCACACUCAAGCCACCGCCGUCGUCGUCUUCUUCUUCCUCGAAGGGAAGGUGGAAGGGGCUGCUGGGCUUCAAGAGAGACCACGUUGGAUCCAAGAAAGCUCAUAAGAUCAGCGAGGGGAGAUUUGUUCACCCGGAUAACAAACAAUCUCAGGAAGGAGAGUACUCGACUUGGAACGGAACGGAUGGUGACAUGCAGUGAACUCGGAUUUUUGUCCUAGGAUGAUGUUUAGUUCACUGAUUUUAAGUUAGAUUUUGUUAAUCUUAGAUCUGAAAAAAAAAGGAUUGUUAGAAUCGUUUUAAUGGCGGUGGCCGAGAUGAUCUUUCCAUUGACCCUUUUCCACUCUUCAUGUUUUUGUCGAAUCUGGUGAGUUAUUUUACUUUCCAAGAGAAAAAAAAUUAUAUAUAUUAUGGUGAAGUCAUUAUCUGGGUAUUGUUUGAGCUGGAGUUGGGAAUUUGGGUGUUUGGUUGUACCAAAAGAAAAGACGCUCUCGUUAUGUUAUGUUCUUGGAGUUUCGACAUGUGUCUUGUCCGAUGGAAUAAUGGAUCUUCUUGUCUCGAGAGAUAUCAUUUGUCUCACGAUUUAUAAUAUAUUCAACCUCGCUUUCUUUUUUA